GCUUCUGCCUGUUUUGAAAUAAAGCUAUUACAUCAGUUAGAAAUCCAAAAUCUUUCAGAAUCCUGGCAGCCCCAUAAUAUAAAUCCACUUUCAGUUGAAUGUAAAAAGUACAGACCCCAGACCAAUUUAGAAUACAUCUUUAAGAGAUAGUGAUCUUUGUUCUCAGGAGGUAACAGUUCUUCGAUUUUCUCUAUGAGGUUAAUUACUGGUAGUUGUUGUGAUACAAUCCUGAAUAAUUGCUUUUGUAAUCUUUUAUAUCAAAGCAAGGGAGGAAUACCAUCCCUGCUGCAAUGGAAAAGAGAAAUAAAAUCUGCCAUCUCUUGUUCAGGGGAUGCUUUUCAGGUUCACUUGCAAGAAAUAUAAACAUUGACUCACAGAGUUAAUGUUAGAGGCCCUUUAGUUCAUUAGCUCCAGCUCCUUGCACUGUUCAUGUGCUUCUGUAUUGAUAAUGAAUAUGUUGGCUUGGACUUCUCUAGUUUGCCAACUGGAAAGCUGCCCUUUCUUUCUCUUUUUAAAUAUUUAAUAAUAUUUUUAUCAUGUCAUAAACAAAGUUUACCAGAACAAAAGUGUCUGAGGUGGUACAGUCAACAUCUGCACCCCACCCAGCUGUUAGAAAAAUGUUUGGUGUUCAUCAAAGUAAAUUAAGUCCCUAAAAUCAGCAGUUACAAUUUCUGGUUGGCAAUUAAAUUACAGUUAAAUUGGUGAAAAGUUUUGCUAGGAAAAGGUUUUCAAUAUCUGCUCUUUCCUUUUGUUUUCAGAAUAUGAAUGAAGCUUCUUCCUUGCUCAGUGCCACCUGUGACACAUUUAUCACUACACUUGAAGAAUGUGUGAAAAUAGCAAAUGCCAAAUUUAAGCCGGAGAUGUUUCCAUUGCCUCAUCCUGAUCCUUUAGUUUCUCCUGUGUCUCCUUCACCUGUGCAAAUGAUGAAACGUUCUGUUAGCCAUCCUGGAACUUGUACCCUUGAGAGGAGCAGUCGCUUUGGAAAAGAACCAAAUGUGUCUUCCCAUCAGCUUUCCCACCGGUGGAGAAGAACAGUCUCAGAUACAGAACCUUCCAUAGAUGUUCCCUUUGAAGAUACAGACAGACUAGCAACAUUCAAUUCUAGAGGAGCCCUCAAUGGAAAUUUGGCACCAUCGGCUGUUCCUGAAGCAAAGCUGUUGCUGUCUCAGAAACCCAGAGUGCCCGAAGAGACUUUUUCUGAGCCAAUCUCCUGAGGAAAGAGAAGGCCCCACUUCCUCUGAGUAAUGCUAUGCAAAAGCUGCUGUAAUUCUGUUCUCAUCGUGAGGGAGUAGUGAUUCCCUAUGUGAAGGUUUUCUCUGCACUUUAUAGAAUAAUGUAAAAACUAUCUUUGAAGUGUAUUUUAUCUUUAUAUAGUUGACUUGCAAAAGUAUUUUCCUAAAAAGAACAUUUCAGUUUGGGUAUUUUUUAAUAGAUAGGUGGAUGCAUCUUUGUAAAUACUGCUCUUCUUUUUACUGGGUGUGAUAGUCAGGCCAACCUUGAGAAACAGGUUUCAGAUCUGGAUUAGGGAAAACCUGUGCCCUAGUUUGAGCCGCUGAAUUUAAUCCCAGAGUUGCUUUACCAAGAAAGGUAUUCCUCUGGGUACAGUCUCUUUCCCACCAACAUCAGUGGCAGUCCAUCAUAUUGUAAUAGCACCUUUAUUUCA